AUGACGCACCGUGCAGACUCCGACAUAGGAGGGAAGGAGCUGGCAAUGAGCAGGAGCAGGAGCGAACCGCACGGCCAGCCGGAAAAGUGGUGUGAUGUUGCUGGUCCUGUGUUAACUUGCGACAGUUUUGCUACGAUUUCUCGUAAACGGGAAGGCGCGGGGCACCUGCAGGAAUGUAACUGUGCUGAGCUGAGGAAGAAGUCGCUACCGGGGCGGGUCUCGUAUGCCGGGCAGGAGCAGGAGCCAGACAGGCGCCAGGGCCGGGAAGAGCAGGCGCAGAUGUCUGAGUCUCGAAUAGGCAAGCGCGGGCGGUGA